AAAAUAGGUAAGGAAUAUUGUAAACAAAUGUUGGCAAACCUUAUCAAAUAAAUGUCUAAAAAAAUAGCGUAUGCUUAUGUUACAGAAAAAGAAUUGAAAUGCAAUUCAAAUAUAAUUGCUUUUGAAUCAGUUUCACAGUACACGGCGUGAAAUUACAAAACCGGGAUGAGCAAGACUUCCUCCAUGAGCUAGAGGAAACCUUGGAUCUGGAUAUAUGGCAGCACGGAUACCCUGGGGAGACGGAUACGCUGGUGAUGCUCGCUCCAGAACACCGUAUCUCUGCCCUGGACCAAUUGGAUAGUAAAGGAAUUAUGCAUUAUUUGCAUAUUGCCGAUGUUGCCAAGACUUUAGAAAAGCAAGAUGAGGAAAUGCAAAUGUGGAGACAGACCAAAAGUAGAAAUGGAAAAAUGGUCCCUUUCGAGGAUUAUCCACGAUAUGCUGAGGUGGAUGAAUACUUGGAGAAAAUUGCCGCUGAUUACUCUGAUAUCGUCACAUUGGUCAACGCAGGAAGCAGCUAUGAAAAUAGACCCAUAAAGUACUUGAAGUUAAGUUCACAAAUUACAUUACAUAAGAGUAAGCCCAUAUACUUCAUGGACGCCAUGAUCCACGCCCGCGAGUGGGUCACCACCCCCGUAGCUCUGUACACAAUUCACAGGCUGGUGGAAAACCUAAGAGAUCAAGAUAGGGACCUGCUUCAUGACAUUGACUGGAUAAUCCUCCCUCUCGUGAAUCCAGAUGGAUACGAAUACAGUCAUACUGAUUUUCGCUUAUGGCGACGGACUCGUUCUAUUGGGUCUGCACUUAACAGUACCUGUAUAGGAGUCGACGCUAAUCGCAACUUUGACGUAGAAUUCAACACCGUUGGAGUAGGUUUACCCUGUAGCGAUACAUUCCCCGGCUCCGAGCCUUUCUCCGAGCCUGAAACGGCCAUCAUCAGGGACGUCAUGGCGGAACACGACGGGCGCAUACAACUGUACAUGAAUAUUCACAGUCACGGCAACUGGAUCCUGUAUGGUUUCGGCAAUAGGACUCUGCCUAGUAAUGCUGUCCACUUGCAUCAUGUCGCUGCAAGCAUGGGCGCUGCUAUGGACGCUCUCAAGUUGCCCGCGGCUGGAUUCUACAAAGUCGGCAAUAGCGCUUUAAUUUUAUACCAGACUUCUGGUAGUGCUCAGGAUUAUGGACAGGCGGUAGGAAUACCUUUUUCAUACACUCUCGAGCUGCCAGGCUACGGGUGGGCCUUCCAAGUACCUCCGCAGUUCAUCGAGCACAUUAAUGCUGAAACUUGGGAGGGAAUCGCUGUGACUGCUCGCCUCGCUCGCUCGUACUACAGACAACGUGAUAACUUUCUUCGUGGCAGCAGUAUUGCUACUGAUGUACGUAGCUAAGAAAGGGAUGCUAAGAGUGGGAGCCAGGGUCCACCUACCGCUGCUUCCUCAACAUGCUCAGCCGAAGGUCUUGACGCCAGUCGAACUUAUGCCAUUGAAGGUGGAGAAGGCGACCACGUAGGACAAAAUGUUGAAUGCCAAGUAUGAUUACCGAGAUUGAAGCGGAAUAAGAAGUAUGGUAUCCAAUGAUGUAUAAUUUUUUUGUAGAAAUGGACAGUAAAUAAACUGACAUAGAAGAAAUGGUGACUAUAGUAGACUUAUUAUGUUAAUCAAACGUGUAUUACGAUGGCCGCAAAGAACAUGCAUAUAUAUAUAUAUAUAUAUUUACAGAAAUA